UUCCAAGGCGUUUAUCCCAAGUCUCCAGCUUUCUCACUGUAUAGAUGAAAAACUCACAGACUGCCAAUUUUUACAACUUUUGGGAAGGUGAGGGGCUGUUAUUUCCUGCUGGAUAAUGUCCUCCUUUCCUAGUUGCACAAACAAAACCCGGAUGUGACUUGGAAAAAAAACCCAAAAAACAACUUAGUGGUCCGCCCUGGCCUGGCCGCAGCCUCACCCUGCGGUGGGGCGUCUGCACCUUCACCUUGCCCCAGCCCCGAGCAGGCCUCCCGGGCUCCGGGAACGGAGAAGAAGCCCAGGGGUCCGAGAUCUCGGGCUCUGGGCUCUGGGCCGUGCUGGCGUGAGCAGAAGUCCGGAGGAAGCCGAGCCCCGGGGGAGCCGGCCGUCACGUCCUGCCUGACCCUCUGGGGUGGCCUGACCAGUCACCUCUGGAGGCUCUCCGCGCUCCCACCGACUUCACUGCGGGACCUGCCCGGACCAGUUCUGGGGCAAAGAAGGAUGCCAGCCCUGCACAUCGAAGAUUUGCCAGAGAAGGAAAAACUGAAGAUGGAAGUUGAGCAACUCCGUAAGGAAGUAAAGUUGCAGAGACAGCAGGUGUCUAAAUGUUCUGAAGAAAUAAAGAACUAUAUUGAAGAGCGUUCUGGGGAAGAUCCUUUGGUGAAGGGAAUUCCAGAAGACAAGAAUCCCUUUAAAGAAAAAGGCAGCUGCGUUAUUUCGUAAAUAGCUAUGAGGAGAAACUCUAUCCUCAAAAGAAGAGUUCAAGUCUUUAGUUUCCCCAAGUAAACCUUACAUGUCUUUUAAGGAAGAAGAAAUGAAACUUAAUUGAGACUCUUAAGCACUAUAUGGAUGGGGUUAUGUGUAAAAGCAUAUCUUCUUUUCCUCUUUGCUCACCAUAUACCCUUUUAGCAGGCAGCGUAUCUGCUUUUGCACUAUUAUGGAAUUAAGGACAUUAUUGUGCAUGACUCAGCUUUUUCAGUAUCUUGCUUGAUGCCUCAAAUAAAGUUUUGUCUUGGGAAAAUGAA